UUCUGCUCAGGCCCUAAGAGAGUACAAAGACUGCCCAGCUAAAAGAAACGAAGUUAUCGUAAGGACCUGAGCAGAGUGGCUGUCUUGUACUCUUUAAGACAGCGUUUCAUGUUUUACAUCUUUGACUUAAAGUAACGCACAAUAACUGUUUUAUGACUUAAGAAUAGAAGACAGCCAGACCCUUACGCACAAUAACUCUUAUCUUAAGAGUACAAGACAACUAUUCUGCUCCGGUCCUAAUUCGUUCUCUGUCUCUGUCCAACUUACUUUCGAAGGAGACAAAUAUGAAUGAAACUAACGAAGAUUAAAGUUAAGCGACGUUUGGUGAAACCGAGCCUUAGAACUAGAGAAGAAAAUGACAAGAACGUUAAAUUAAAGAUGAUCUGCAUUGAUGGAACUGGGCGUAAGUCAGUUUUUUGUCUCGUUAUUCGACAGGAAGUACGAACGCCGUGACAGUCUUUUCGGACACCGCGUAUACAGUCGACCACGGGUGACGUGUCGCUUGCGCGUAGACACUGGACACCUCGUCGCGCCCAGUCGCUUCAUUAAGUAGACAAUGCACGCGGAAUGUUUAUCGCGCUUGCAACCGGAAGCUCCGGGGGAAGGGCCGAUCUAUCGGGAGGCGAAGCCGAGAAUGCAGAUAUGAUACGACGGCCGCCCACGCUCUUCUAGGAGACAAAAGCGAGCGGCGGCGCCGACGGAAGGCCAUUCUGCAUGUAGGAUUCUCGGGCACGCACGCACGUCUCAGGUGCAUCGACCCCGAUUCGGUUCCACGCUGUCAACCGGGAAGGAACUGGUGUCAAAGCCGUCCGAUACGCGGAGGCGCUCCGGUGUGUGCGUGCCAUGUGCACGGCACGCGGGCGUGUGCGCUCCCUCCCCCUACUGUCCCCCCGGCCGCGCGCGUGGACGGAAAUUCAAAAAGUACGCACCUCAUUAGCGAUGUCAAGAGAUUAGGGCGAUUAAGUCCCCGGCUGUUAUCAGCCUCGUGCCGAUGUGACCGAUUAUUUGCCCGCUGCGAACGAGGGUGCCUCGUUCACGCUGAUUGCCGGCGAGAGGAGUUUCAGGGCUCUUCGAGCAUCACUGACGCGCCUGUCGGACUGAGCACGCCGUCGAGGAACGAUAUCCUGCGAGGAUGGGCCAAACCGCGGAAGGCGACAACGGUGGGAGUGGAAACGACAAGCGGGCUGAGAGCAACGCACAGCAUAAUGAAGGAUCUUUGGAGCCCGACAGGCAACAGCAGUCACUGCUACCAAAGGCGAGCGGCAGUACAGCGAGACAAGUUAGAGAAUACAUCCCGAGGUCUGGGAUGAAGAAGUACAAUCAUGCUUUGAGCAACCUGAUACCGAUACGGCAACAAGAUCAGAAGAAGGAGAAUUCACCGGCAGAUAACGCCGGGUUGUUUUCUUAUGUAUAUAUCACGUGGAUGACACCAUACUUAUGGAAAGCGUACAAGAAGGGUCUUACGAUAAAAGACUUGCCGGAUAUCUCAGUAUACGAUACUUGCGAGUACAAUGCACUCAGACUCGACGUACUGUGGCAGCAGGAGCUCAGUCAAAACGGCCCGAAUGCAGCAUCCUUUUCCACGGUUGCGUGGCGAUUUGUACGCACACGAGUUUACGUAUCGUGCGUCUUAUUGACCUGUUCUCUUAUCUUUGGAUUUAUCAGUCCCACGAUAAUAAUGAGGAAAAUAUUGGAGCACGUGCAGUCUCCGGAGGAGAACUUUUGGGACGGUUUCAAAUGGGUUGUUCUACUGACGGUGUGCGAUUCUCUGCGAGCUUUCUUCUUCACCUGGACGUGGAAUAUGAACUACAAGACUGGAUUACGGCUGAAGUCGGCAUGCACGACCCUGUUGUACAAGAAGAUCAUGCGAUUGAAUAGCCUCGGCAAUAAAAGUAUAGGAGAAGUGAUCAGUUUAUUCUGCAACGACAGUCAAAGGCUUUUCGAUGUCAUCAUUUACGGGCCGAUGAUUAUCAGCGGACCGAUAGUUAUAACUUGCGGUAUAAUUUAUGUAUUGUGGUUGUUCAAUCCCAUCGCUCUGGUAGGAAUGAUAGCGUUUCUCUCGUUUUACCCGUGCCAGUACUUUAUCUCCCGCGCGACUGGCUACUUUCGCGCGAAGUCGGUAAAUAUUACGGACGCUCGAGUGCGACUCAUGGGUGAGAUUCUGGAAUGCAUAAAAUUGAUCAAGAUGUAUUCCUGGGAGAAGUAUUUCGGCCAGAAACUUCUCGCUAUACGCAAGAAGGAGGAACGAUGGCUUCAUAAGACUGCUUAUUUUCAAAGCCUUAGCAUUUCUCUAACGCCCGCUAUACCUGUGAUAUCCGCGAUCAUCACGUUUCUAGCGCACAUUGCCUCGGGCAGUGGGUUAACGGCCGCGCAGGCUUUCCCAAUGACCACGUUAUUUGGAAAUUUGCUUAGACUGGCACUCACGUCACUUAAGGAUACCACGCGAUAUUUUAUGAGCGCCCUCGUAGCGCUUAGAAGAUUCAAGAGCAUAUUGCUGCUGGACGAGGACAGUUGCCAGGCGUCGAAACCGAUUGUAAGAUCGCAAGCGGUUGCCAUUGCUAACGGCACCUUCGUUUGCGACAGCAUAAAGCUUCAAACGGAUGCGUCCUUUGACAACAAGAAAAAGAAGAAAUUACCACCAGCCGCGGACAACCCGCUGGAAUUGGAAAGCCUGAAUCAACCGACGCAAGAAGCCAAGUACGUCGAAGUUCUCAGCGACGUGCAUUUCGGAGCGCCCAAGGGAAAGCUGGUCGGUAUCUGCGGCCAAGUAGGCAGCGGCAAGUCCAGUCUACUGCUAGCAGCUUUGGGACAGCUGAGGAUUACGAAGGGACACAUCCUGAGGGAGGGCACUUGCGCCUACGUCAGCCAACAGGCGUGGAUCGUGAAUGGCACCUUCAAGGAGAACAUUCUCUUUGGCGAGGAGUUCGACGCGAAACGUUACUAUCAUACGAUCACAAUUUGCAACCUGAAGGAAGACUUGAACAUGUUGCCGGGAGGAGACGACACCGAGAUCGGCGAGAGGGGCGUCAAUCUGUCCGGAGGACAGAAGCAGAGAGUCGCGCUGGCGCGAGCGUAUUAUGCCAAUCGGGACAUUUACUUUCUCGAUGAUCCUUUGAGCGCGGUUGACGCGUACGUCGGCUCGUAUAUAUUUGAGAAAUUGUUCCUCGAAGCUCUUAGAAACAAAUCUGUUAUUUUCGUGACACAUAACAUUCAGUUUUUAAAACGUUGUGAUGAAAUCUACAUGAUGAGUGCGGGCAAGAUCGUAGAGCAUGGAACCCACGAAGAACUGAUGCGACUCGACAGGGAAUACGCCUCGAUGGUGAAGAACAGCACGGUUGUAACGGAAGAUAAUUUAUCAGCUGUUAAAUCUACGGGAGUGGCGCAGAGAAAUAUCGACGAGUCGGAAAUGCGAAAGACGGAAUCCGCGCACAAGGAAAAUGAUGGAAAAGAGAAAUUGCACAAAGGAACAGCUUUAACAGUGGCAGAAAAGUCUGAGACCGGAUCUGUCAAGUCGUACACUUAUCACACAUAUGUACAAGCUACCGGCGGUUAUUUGGUCGCUAUUCUCGUAUUUUUUACAUUUUUCUUGAACGUAGGCAGUUCGGCCUUCAGUACUUGGUGGCUCGCUGUGUGGAUUAAAGCUGGAGGAGGCAACGUGACUGUGUCAGGAAGUAACGAUACGGUGUAUUCGGAGAACAUAAACGCCAAUCCUGACUUCUCGUUUUAUCGAGAUAUAUACGGUGCCUGUAUCGCCGGUAUACUAUUGACAAGUUUUAUUCGUGGCCUAGUCAUUAUGUUUGCCACGAUUAAAGCCUCGACUACAUUGCACAAUACGUUUCUUCACAAAAUCAUUAAUUCUCCGCUGAGCUUCUUCGAAACUACUCCAAGUGGUAGAAUACAAAACGUUUUCACUCGAGACAUAGACGAGAUUGAUAAUUACUUGCCCAUAUCAAUAGAGAACAUGGUGCAAAAUAUCUUUACUUGUAGCUUUGCUAUUUUCUUUAUCUGCGGCGUAUUGCCAUGGUUUUCGAUACCGUUACUUCUGUUUGGCGUAUUGUUCUUCUUUGUCGGUAAACUGUUUAGAAUAGGAAUGAGGGAUCUGAAAAGAAUGGACAAUGUCUCGCGGUCUCCUGUUUUGAGUUUCGUCACAACGUCGAUCCAAGGUUUGAGCACAAUUCACGCGUUUCAAAAGGAGAAGAAUUUCUUAUACAGAUUCGAGGAAUUGUUCAACACGAAUAACUUGUGUCAGCACCUGUGCCAAGCCGCGAUGAGAUGGUCCGCGGUGAGGCUGGAUAGUUUGGUGAUUGCCUCAUCCUGCAUAACCGCGUUGCUCGUGAUCUCCUUCAAGAAUGAGAUAUCGCCGGCCUUUGCCGGUCUGGCUAUGGCGUAUGCCACGCAGAUGACCGGCGUCUUCCAGUAUACGGUCAGACUGAUGUCCGAGACGGAGGUGCGCUUCAUAAGCGUGGAGAGAAUCAGUUACUACCUCAAGACUUUGCAGAGGGAAGGCGCUAGCAGGACGGUCGCUCUUAAACCAGCCGACGAUUGGCCUUCUCGAGGCAAAAUAGAGUUCAAAGCUGUUCAGAUGAGAUACAGAGAGGAGUUGCCGCUCAUACUGAUCGACGUCACGUUUAACAUAAAGGCCGGAGAGAAAAUUGGCAUCGUGGGUCGCACGGGAUCCGGCAAAAGCUCCCUGGUCGUAGCUUUGUUCCGACUAGUCGAGAUUUGCGAGGGCAUGAUCAAGAUCGACGGUAUCGAUAUUUCGAAAUUGGAGUUGGAUGUGUUGAGAAGUAAAUUGUCGAUCAUUCCUCAGGACCCAAUUUUAUUCAGCGGCACUAUAAGAUCUAAUUUGGAUCCCUUCCAACAGCAUGCCGAUAGCGACAUUUGGAGUGCCCUUGAAAAGACUCAGAUGAAAGAUAAGGUAUCUCUUAUGUCAGGAAAUCUCGACGCUUCCGUUGGAUUUGGCGGAAACAAUUUGAGCGUCGGCGAAAGACAGCUUCUUUGUCUUUCAAGAGCUUUAUUACAUAGUACAAAGGUGCUUAUUCUGGAUGAAGCCACUGCCUCCGUUGAUCCGGAAACCGAAGCGACAGUGCAGAACACGCUGCAGAACGAAUUCGCGGAUUGUACUGUACUUACGAUCGCUCACCGAUUGCAAACGGUCGUCACGUGUGAUCGUAUUCUCGUGAUGAGCGAGGGCAAGGUGGUCGAAUUUGACGCGCCCGCCGCACUUCUCUCUCGUCCGGAUUCCGAAUUUUCGAAACUGAUGACCGCCGCGGACGAAAACGCGUAAAAUAAUCUUCGCAGAGAUCUGAAUCGCGAUCGCAAUGCACUUUAAUCGUGUUUUAUCAGUAAGUGAUAAAACUAAUUACACUAACUCUCAGAGUCACAUGAGUAAGAGGAAGAAAAGAACAAGAACAGCAAAGAAAUAAAUUGAAUGAAUGAUUGUAUUUUUCUAUUAAUAAGUUACUAAAUUAUUAAUUAAAGAUUAAAACUAUGUUCUCUCAUAAGUUCGUAUAUAUCUGUAUGAAUAAAAAAGAAGACAAGAAAAUCGUCCCAUCUUCUCCAUCUUUUUACAUCUAUUUAAUCAUUCGACAAUUUAUUUGUUAUAAUAAUUUAAUUUUUACUGAGUUAUACUGGUUGCAUAUAAGUUGUAUUUUUUAGGUACACUGAAAAUCAUAUAUCAAACGUUUGUAUCUUAAAAUUAACAUUUUGCGACAGAUAUUACAUGGUAACAUCUGUUAAUUUGGCGAUGAGAGGAUUAAUUUAAUUAAACGGGGAUAUCUUUUACGCAAAAUUGAACGGAUAACUGCGUUAAAAGUUACAAUUUCUGGAAAUUCGCGCCCUUUGGAAUAGUGAAAUAUUGAUUUUCUCACUGGAGGUGGAGAGCGCACACUGCUCAUGCCCGUUCGCUCGGACUUUCGGCCGUGCUGGCGACACAGCCGAAACAUGUUCACCGCGACAUUGCCAGCUUGUUAUUACCUCUGAGAUGUUUAUUACAUGUUGAGCUUUAUCGUUGCUUUAUAUCGAGAUGUAGUCUAUAGAAAUUGCCGUAAAGGCAGUGUCCGUCGUUCUGUGAACAGCUAAAAGAAAGGUAAAUCCCUCGGCGAUGCACGAACAACACAUCGUCCUUCGUAAACAUGAGCUACUCUUAAGUAGAUUAGAUUUCUCUUUAAUCAUUAUUUCACUUUAAAUAUCAAAUUAUUAUUUUACGCUAUGCUUCAAACGUGCAGAUCGUUUAUACUUUAACUUUUAUACAUAUAAUAUGUGUCUUCUAUUUCUGGAAAUUGUAUGUGUAUUAAUAAAUUAUCAUAUAAAAAGUUUAAAAUUCUA